AUGGCAGAGGCCGAUCUGGCAGCAAGAGCCCGGGGAGCUGUGGUUGGAUGCUUGGUAGCUGACGCAGCGGCAACCCCAUGCCAUUGGUGCUAUGAUCCCACGAAGCUUGCAGAGCACCUAAAGACAGCUCGCCGCGGCCCAGCCUUUUGCGAUCCACCAGGGAACGUUUUCUACACGCCUCCACCUGGUGGCUUCAGCUGCUAUGGCGAUCAGACCAUGGCACUGCUCGAGUCCCUAGUUGCCUGCGACGGAAAGCUGGACGUGAAGGACUACGCCGCUCGACUGGAAAGCAAAUUUGGCAAAGCCAGUGCUUACGAGGUGGAGGCCGUGGAUCCAGAGAAUUGGCCGGAGCUCAAGACGAACCCGACCGAUGCAGAUGGCAACGUGAUUGAGGCCGAAAGGAAGUGGGGCAUGCCGCUGCCAGGGCCGUGGCGCCACGGCUCCGUCAAGGGCUUCCUCAAGAAGUAUGUCGUUGAAAAGCAGUUCCCGAAGUGUGGCUCCGCAGACAUGCAGGUGGAUGGGUGCUGCAAGGUGGCUCCACUGGUCGCACUCUUGGCUGGGCAGCCCAGCCUUUUGCCUAGCGUGGAUCUGGCCAUCCGCGUCGUGCAGAACACCGACAAAGCUGCCGCGUUCGCGUGUGGCUUCGCACGCGUGCUUGAAAAGCUAGUGCUAGGCACGCCAACAAUAAAGGAGGCAAUCUCGGCCGCCCAGGCAGACCUUUCAAAUCCGGAUCGUGCCUUCAGAACAACUCUCGAUGAUGAAGUGGCCAUCAGUCUCGGCCGAGUGAUCGGAGAGUUUGCUGAUCAACCACAAGCAGAGGUGGGCAUGAAGCUGAAGCCUGAAUCUCACCCAUUUCCCUUUAUUGGCCUUUCCUGA